AGAGAAGUAAAGACUUUGGUGUGAGCCGAGACGAGACGCGACGCGAAAAUGCAGAUCUUCGUGAAGACCCUGACGGGGAAGACGAUAACCCUAGAGGUGGAGUCAUCGGACACCAUUGACAAUGUGAAGGCGAAGAUCCAGGACAAGGAGGGCAUCCCGCCAGACCAGCAGCGCCUCAUCUUCGCCGGAAAGCAGCUCGAGGACGGGCGCACCCUUGCAGACUACAACAUCCAAAAGGAGUCUACCCUCCACCUCGUCCUUCGCCUCCGCGGCGGGGCAAAGAAGCGCAAGAAGAAGACCUACACGAAGCCCAAAAAGAUUAAGCACAAACACAAGAAGGUGAAGCUCGCCGUCCUGCAGUUCUACAAGGUUGAUGAUUCUGGAAAAGUACAGAGGCUCCGUAAAGAGUGCCCCAACGCGGAGUGCGGUGCUGGCACAUUCAUGGCCAACCAUUUUGACAGGCACUACUGUGGCAAAUGUGGGCUUACCUAUGUCUAUCAGAAGGCCGGCGGUGACUGAUACUUUUCUUUCGCCAAACUUCUACUUUCAUUUCAUUAUGAAUCCUUUGUAUAAUUUGAGACCUUGAUGGACAUCUAUGGUUUUGGAUUAAGUUUUGAAACUCUUUGGUUUUUUUUCCAAAUCCUAUUUUCCUGCUAUAUUUUGGUUUUGAUCCCCCUAUCCUUUACUAAAGCGCUUGUUUAUCCAAAGUCCAAACUUGUGUGGUUCUACAAAACCAACGCUUUCGAUACAUAUCUUCAGUUGCAACAAGGUAAUGGAAAUUUAUGUA